AUGUCUAGCCGCAUACAGUUUGCAGAGCCCAUUUCGAAGAAAGAGGAGCCGAUACGUUUUGGCAGGGUCGAUACUCAUGGAGAAAAGGGGUCAGCACAACGGGCACUUUCUCCAGGAAACGAAAUCGUCUACCCGACAGGAUGGAGGCUCGUUCUUACAAUAAUAGGGCUUCUGAUUGGAUUUUUUCUCUCGAAUUUAGAUGUCACGAUUGUGAGCUCAUCCCUCACGAACAUCACGGACAGCCUAGAAGGCUUCGAGAAGAGAAGUUGGAUCAUCACCGGCUACCUAGCCACUUACACCGGGUCUAUGGCAAUAUGGACAAAAGGCAGCGAUAUCGUUGGGAGGAAACAUACCACUAUAGCCGCUUUUGUUAUCCUGCUCGCAUUCUCUAUUGGAUGUGGUUGUGCGAAAACAGCCAACCAACUUAUAAUAUUCAGAGCACUACAGGGCAUCGGUGGAGCCGGUGUUUACGCACUGGCAAUAUUAUGCAUAUAUGAAAUAGCUCCAAAGACGAAGCUUCCAACAUAUAGCGGGCUCAUGUCAUUCUGCCUUGUUCUUGCGUCCUUGAUUGGCCCAAUUUUGGGAGGUGCGCUUGCAAAAGAUUCAGCAUGGAAAUGGGUUUUUUUGAUCAAUGUCCCCUUGUGUGCGAUUGCGAUCGUGAUUCUCGCUAUUGCUAUGCCGACAAACUUCGGCCUCGACCAACACACCCCCUCGCUCAGAACUCGAGCUUCAUAUCGUUCAUUCGCUAAUCUCGAUCUUGUGGGGUCACUUCUUCUCCUCUCUGGUACAUUUUUGACCAUUUCCGUCUUGAACGAGGUCAACUUGGCAUUUAAAUGGUCUUCCCGGAGUGCGAUUGCCCUCCUUGUGCUUGCCGGAAUUUCGUGGGUCGGCUUUUUCGCCUGGGAAUGGCACCUCUCAAAAUUUCCCAAGCAAGAUCCGAUCUUCCCUAAGCGUUGGCUUUUUGAUCGCGCGUGGAUAGGAAUUCUCAUCUCCUCAUUUGUCACCGGGGCAGUUUUCAAUGUGGUGCUGGUAUAUGUUCCGCAGCAAGCACAGCUACUAUUGGAUAAAUCGCCGCUCAAUGCUGGUAUCUAUUUGAUUGGAUAUUCAGCUGUUGCAGCAGUCGCCGCUGGUCUUGUGAAUAUUGUCAGCUCACGGGGUCGUAUUCCGUUUAUUUAUUCUUUGCUUGUCGGCUGCACGCUCCAUACCGUAGGAGUUGGUCUUCUCUCAACGAUUGCUAGCUCUCAUGGAUUCCAUGCAACAGAUAUCGUUUAUGAAGUUAUCGCUGGGGCAGGCAUGGGGAUAACGAUGGGCAUAUUGGUGUUAGCGCCACCUUACAUCGUUGAGGAUAGAGACCUGACGAUUGCAACCGGCUUUGUUGUUCAGCUCCGGUUCCUAGGUGGAGCCCUUGGUCUGGCUAUAGCAUCGAAUAUCCUGAAUGGCCGCCUAGCGCAUCAUUUACAGGGUGUAUUAACAAGGCAUGAGCUGCACCUAUUCCUGGAAAAUGUGGAGUUGAUAAAAAGCUUGCCUAUCUAUUUACAAGAUGAGGUGAAGAAUGUUUUUGCUGGAAGUUACAGCACACAGCUUAGGGUUAUGAUUGGAUUCGCGGCAGCACAACUACCAGCUGUUCUCCUACUCAUAAAACCCGGUCGUCAACUUGCAGCGAGAAAGGAACGGACACAUAGUGCUUCGGAAUAG